AUGGCGUCCCGCGCCGGAGCCACUACGUCUCCCUCUUCUAUCUCCGAAGGCGAUUCCACGAACGAGCAGAAACAAGACUCUAGCCCUUCCUCUGACAGCGUCAUGGGUGCCGAUCCUAAUCGAGCAAUCACCGGACGGGAUCCCAACAGCAAAAUCGUCGGCUGGAACGGUCCAGAUGAUCCAGAUAACCCCAAGAACUGGCCGAAUCGGAGAAAAUGGAUCAUCACAGUCUCGUUAGGCAUGCUGACAUGGGUUGUGACCUUCGCAAGCAGCAUAUUUAGCACGGCAACUCGGCCUGCUGCAAAGGAGUUCGGCGUCUCAAUAGAAGUCAUGACUCUGGGUACAAGCUUGUUUGUCCUAGGUUUCGCCUUUGGUCCCCUGAUAUUUGGGCCUGUGUCAGAGGUAUACGGCCGUAAAUACCCACUCUUUGUUGGGUAUUUCGUCUUUGCACUAUUCCAGAUCCCCGUGGCCACCGCCGAGAAUGUUCAAACUAUCCUUGUCUGUCGAUUUCUGAGUGGCCUGUUUGGUUCAUCUCCCCUCAGCGUUGUUGGCGGCGCACUUGUCGACCUCUGGCCACCUGUCGAGCUCGGCAUUGCCAUGAGCAUUUUCGCGGGCGCGAAUUUCGUCGGUCCUGUUGCCGGUCCUAUCAUGGGUGGGUUCAUCACCCAAAGUUCACUCGGCUGGCGGUGGACGGCGUACAUCACGGCUAUUAUGGCAGCUUUAUUCGGGCCCAUAGCUUUCAUCACGGUUCCUGAGACGUUAGAGUCUACACUUCUGGCUCGGAAAGCUCGUUCAGUCCGCCUAUCAACCCGAGACUGGGCCAUGCAUGCCGUUGCGGAAGAAAGGCCGGUUGAUAUCCACGAAAUGGCAAACCGAAUCCUAGUCCGGCCACUCGCCAUGCUAGUCCUCGAGCCCGUGAUCAUCCUCGUCACGCUUUACAUGUCCUUCGUAUACGGCCUCAUCUACCUAUGCUUCGAAGCAUAUCCAGUGUCCUUCCAAGAGGACCGGGGCUGGAACAGUGGUGUGGGAUCUCUCCCAUUCUUAGCUAUAAUACUCGGCGUUGUCAUUGGAGUCAUAUUCAUUGUCAUCUUCUCCAAGACCCGGCUUACACGCAUAAUCAAGGCUAAGGGUCAUCUGCCACCUGAGCAGCGGCUUCUACCGAUGAUGGUUGGCGGGGCAUGUUUUCCUAUUGGGCUUCUCUGGUUCGCAUGGACUUCCGACCCUAACAUCUUGUGGGUGCCACAAGCUUUAGCUGGAAUUCCACUGGGAGUGGGUAUCAUGCUUAUCUUUCUCCAAGGUCAAACCUACAUCAUAGAUAAUUAUCGAAUGAAUGCAAACAGUGCCCUCGCUGCCAAUGCUGUAGUACGGGCACUGUUCGGCGCAGGAUUUCCAAUGUUUGCGGCCGCCAUGUACAAAAGGCUGGGGGUUGAUUGGGCCACCAGUGUUCUUGGCUUUAUAGCGGUUGGGCUUUUCCCAGUUCCAAUACUCUUUUAUGUCUUUGGCGAGAGAAUUAGAAAGCUCAGCCGAUACGCACCAAGUGGUGGUCCCCCAUGA